ACUUGCGCCUGCGUUUUUGUGCCGAUGCUUUGUGUGAGGCCAUUGAAACGACAGCUGUUGACACGACAAGAACUGAAGGACAAGAAGAGGAAUCAGAAUGAAGGGGUCGAUUGCUUGCGCGACAUUUGUCUUGAUAAUCACUGUGAUUCAGUCAAUUGGUGCCAUGGAACUGUGUCCAGAGGAGAACUGCCUGAUCCCUGACAAGUGCGAAGAGCCUGUGAAGGGCCUUGUGGAGUGUCACCAACAGGGGACUAACUGUUGUAGCGUAGUUCGCUCCGAGUUUCGAACGCACUGCAGGCAUCACGGUGGCACGUGUAUGGGCAGCUGUGCUGCAGUGCUGCAGAGAGAAACUGUGGACUGCCCGGGCGAUCAAGUGUGCUGCGUUUUGGUUUAAUUACGAGGCAAUGAAAGACUAUAAUUUAUGAAGAAUAAACUGAAACAAUUAAAUCAAACAAUUCAAUACAAUAAAUUAUUGAGCCGACAUUUCCAGUUCCACUAGAGCGAUUGAGUAGUCAAUUCCAUCUGUGGUUAGACAACAUUCAUGUUCGUAUUUAUUUGUUCGCGAAGAGAUAAUUAAUUUCGUAUCAUAAUUGAACAUUCGGCGACUCGUUUACCUUAAUGUUACUGAUGAAUGUUAAGUAGAAAUAAAUUUAAUUUCUUUUUCAACUAA